AAUGAACCAUAUACCGAACAGUGUUAGGAAUAUUUUUAAUUUUAUAAAAGUGGUAAACUUUACUUUGAAAUUGUGAACAUCACCAAGAACAAAAAUGUCAAUUUUAUAUCGGACCUCGUGAUUUGAUAUUUUGAAGAACAAUCUAAAAGUAGAUUCCGUCGUACAAAAAUCAUUAAUGAAUCUUGCAGAAUCUUGUAUGAUAAUGCAAGAGAUGUCUAAUAAAAACACAUGAUUUCUUCGUGAAGUUUACUAAAGCGAUUCAAUAAUCUUCUAAAAAAGGAAGAGAAAUGGCCGACGAAAACGGGAGGAAGUUGGAUGAAGAAUUAUACGCAUGGAUCUCGACGAUUCCAUUCUCAAAACCGACAAAAAAUUUAAAUCGAGAUUUCUCGGAUGCUGUUAUGAUGGCGGAAAUUCUCAAAGUAUAUUAUCCCCGUUGCGUUGACCUUCAUAAUUACGUACCAGUUAGCAGCAUAAACACGAAAAAAGAAAACUGGAGUUUAUUGAAUCGAAAAGUAUUGAGUAAAAUUGACAUGAAGUUAACUAAAGAUAUGAUUAAUCAACUUGCAAAUUGUCAGCCCGGGGCCAUUGAAAACGUCUUGGUAGAACUGAGAAAUAAGGUCUCGAAAAAUUCCGAUUACCAAAAUUCCUCAAAUAUUUCAGGCGAUUACAAAGACUUUGUUGAAGAAGGAAAAAAAGAAGAGGUCAGUGAAAAGGUGAUAGCGUCAGACAAAUUAACGGUAUAUUCUGCUGAUCAAUUAACUUUAAAUACCGAGCCGAGCAAAUCGAUUCUCGCUCGCGUCAGGGAAAACUUUCUUAUUGUCCUGCAAUGGUUCGUUAGUUGGUUUUUUGUUUGGAAUUACAUCCCAAGCAUAAAAUUUCAAUCGUUAACGUAUUCUGAAAAUCCACCGAAAAAGGAUGUUGAGUCACCUAGAACUGAAAAAAUAUCAGCGAACGACGAGGAGGAAGAGAGUAUCUCUCGUCAGGUUUGCGCGCAAUUAAGACAAGAGUUACGCGAGAAAAACGACGUUAUUUCUACCUUGAAUCACAAACUUGCGUAUCUUGAGAGCGCAAUGAAACUUCAAGAUCUCCGUAUAUCCAACCUGACGUCGCAAAUCUUGCAAAAUGCCGUGGAAUCCGAGCAACUUGGAAAAAUGCAAACGAGCGACUUGCAAACCAAGUCCCGUCUACGAUCACCGAUCAUUCGAGAGAAAAUUAAAAUCGAAGUAUAAUGUCUAUGAAAUUGAAUAAAUAUCUCUUCAGGGCAUGAAACGAAACGAAUAUCGCUUUAGUUUUUCAUCGAAACUCUGGAUUAGAGAUAGAAAAUGUAA